AUGACGACGACGAUCCGCCACGCACUGGUACUAGCGGCGGUCGUUUUCGCGACGGUUCUGGUGCAGAAUUCGACGGCGGCAGCGUAUCGCACGAUCCGCGUCAACAACAAGCUGAGCAGCAAGAUGGCAGUGAUAGUGCAUUGCCAGUCCGGAGACGACGAUCUCAAGGCUCGUGUGGUGGCCGCCGCGGAUUCUAGCUACGGUUGGGGCUUCGGUUGGACCCGUGCGACGGUUUUCUGGUGUCGGCUGGCGUUUCGAGGGAAGCGUCUUGGUUUCACGGCGUAUAACGGAGAAGAAGAAUACAUAACCAAGACAUACGUUGCGGACUACGACGUGUGCGACGAUGGAGUUUUUGGGACUCAUGUUUACUCUCAGAAGCGAUUAUGUUUUGCUGAGUGGCAUUGA